AUGCAGCUGAAGCAACGCGGCGUAGUGAAUUCGGCGACCGAGGACACUCUGGUAUCGCCCGGGAGCGGUUCGGUGGCGACCGAGUUCGGAUCCAUUACCGAUGGACCGUCGUCGAUGCCAGCGACGGCGUCGGCGGCGGCGGCGACGACCGGUGAUAUCCUAGAAGCGGACAGUGCCGGUGGAAAGGUGCACAUGAAAAAAUCGCUCGGUUUGCUCGAGGGCGUCGCCAUCAUAUUGGGCAUUAUCCUUGGGUCCGGCAUCUUUAUUUCGCCCAAGGGUGUCCUGCAGGAGGUCGGUUCCGUCGGAACGUCGCUCGUGAUCUGGGUUCUGUGCGGUGUCCUCUCGAUGAUUGGCGCCCUGUGCUAUGCCGAGCUCGGUACCGCCAUUCCCAAGUCCGGCGGCGAUUACGCCUACAUCUACGAGGCGUACGGUCCACUGCCGGCGUUUCUUUAUCUCUGGGAUGCGACGGUGAUAUUCGUUCCUAGUACCAACGCUAUCAUGGCCUUAACGUUUGCCAGCUACGUCUUCCAGCCACUGUUUGCCGCCGGCUGCUCGGUUCCGACGCUCGGACUGCAGUUGUUCGCCGCGGUCACUAUCUGCGCCCUGACGUACAUCAACGCCUACGACGUGCGGGUGACGACCAAGAUGCAGAACGUGUUCAUGUUUACCAAGAUCGGUGCCUUGGUGUUGGUGGUACUGGUCGGGGUCGCCUGGAUGGUGCUGGCCGAGGGCGGUAUGGACAAUUUCGAGAACGCGUUCGAAGGCACGGAAACCGAUCCGGGCAAGUUGUCCGUUGCGUUCUAUUCGGGCAUCUUUUCCUAUGCCGGCUGGAACUACCUCAACUUCAUGACCGAGGAACUACGCGAUCCGUUCGUAAACUUGCCGCGAGCGAUUUACAUUUCCCUGCCGCUGGUGACGGCUAUCUACGCGCUGGCCAACAUGGCGUACGUGGCCGUUCUGAGCCCCCAAGCCAUUCUAGCCUCGGACGCCAUUGCCGUGACGUUCGCCCAGCGUGCCAUGGGCUACGGUGCGUUCGUGAUGCCCAUCCUGGUGGCCAUCGCCGCUUUCGGAGGGCUUUCGGUGCACAUUAUGACCUCGUCCCGCAUGUGCUUUGUCGGUGCCCGCAAUGGCCACAUGCCCGAGAUACUGUCUCAUAUCAAUGUCAACCGCCUUACGCCGAUGCCGUCGCUCGUGUUUCUGUGUGUACUGUCGCUGCUGUAUUUGUUCAUCAGCGAUGUGUACGUCCUUAUCACCUACAGCAGCAUCGUGGAAACGUUCUUCAUCAUGCUGUCCGUCAGCGCGGUUCUGUAUUUCCGCUACACGCGCCCCGAUAUCCAUCGGCCGAUCCGGGUUCCGCUCUGGGUACCGACGUUGUUCGUCAUUAUUUGUGCCUUUUUGCUGAUCGUUCCGUGCUAUGUGGCGCCGUACGAGGUCGGUAUGGGCGUCGCGCUAACCGUGGCCGGCAUACCCGUGUACUAUGUCGGCGUCGCGUGGCAAAACAAGCCGAAAGCGUUCAGAGAUGCGCUGGCGAGGACAACGCAAUUUUUCCAGAAAAUGUUGCUGACGGCCAAGGAAGAUGCUGACGAGUGA